CCAGCUGCCGCCCCGGACCGAGGUGUUUGGAACUGCUCCAGGAGCAGCGCACCUCGCGCGGGGCUGGCUGCCAUGCGUGCCGGCCGCCUCGACUCGCCCCUGGCGCGGCUGCCAGGCGAGCUGCGGGCCAGCCGCGUGCCUACGAGAUGUUCCGGACGGCGCCGUCGCAGCUGCCGUCUGAGGCCGGAGCUCCGCGCCGCGGCGCGGAGGCUCGGCUAUGCCGCACGUGUACACCGUCCGCCUCGUAUGGCCGACGUUUCGGUUCUUGCGGAUGCCGCUGCUGCCAAGUGGCUUGCUGGUCGACAAGAAGAUCAUCGAGAGGCCGAGCCAGCGCCGGUGCUGGAGGCGCACGUGAAGCGAGAGCCCGUGCACAGCGACGUCGUCGACAACGCCAGCCCCGACUCCGAGUCCACCGCGGACGUCGUGGUCUCGCCGAUCUAGCAGGCUGCUGUGGCCCCGCCUGGUGCUGGAGGCCCGCUGGCAGCGCCACCCGUUGCACCGCCACUGCCAGCGCCGCUAGCUGGCGCUCUUGCGGCGUAUCUGGGCCCCUGCGGGCACCUGGUCGGCCGCGUGCACGCGCCGCCUGUCGCUCCGCCCGCUGCGGCGCCGGCUGAGCCCCGCGCGCCCCCGCCGCCGCCGCUUUCUGACGUUCGGCUCGGAGUCCUCGGCUCUCGGAGUGUCGCCAUGGGAUGCGUUUCGCAGCCUACGGAUGGAGGCGAGCUCACCGAGGCGCCUCCGGAGCUGCCCCACAGCGACAACAUCGAGGCGCCGUCCGAGCUGCUCCACGACGCGUUCGCGGAGGCGCACGCCGUCCCGUUGGCCCGCGCGGCGGAGGUGGCGGGGCAGCCUGCGGGCCUCGAGUCCGGUCGUCGAACUGCUCCGGAGCUGCCUGAGGUUGCCGCCGGAGCCGCAGCCGCGGCGACUGCCGCCGCCAGCAGCAGGGCACCUGCUGGCCGCAGGCCUGCGAGAGCCGCGCUUGCCGCAGAGGUGCAUGCCGAGCAGCUACAGAGGGAGGCCUCGGUGGCAUUCCGGCCCUCUAGCAGGCCGCCGUUUCGCAAAUAUGUCGUGGAAUUGGGCAUGAGUUUGCAGUGGAAAUGGCUUCGCGUACAGCGCGUCCCAGCGCAUGUGCUUCCUGAUCUUAGCCGCGAGCCCAUACACAGCCGAGUUAGCGAAGAGAUCUUUCUGAUGCGCGUGCGUAGGUGGGUGAGUCCAGGAUGUCUUCCUGCACCUCCUCCUCUUCCUCGGCCGGCCACGAGGCUGUCCCUUUCAACAGACGACAUCGAUGCUUGUAUCGCUGAACGUAUAGUAGCUGGCACCAGACUGCAGUGGUAGCCGCUCGGCACGCGGUGGAACGUCUUUGUAUGUCAGCGCCUUCGGCGUUUUCUGACGCCGGUAAUGGAGGAGUUUGAGGGGUG